GAAGGAAGAAACAUACCAUCCAUGUGCUGAAUGGGAGCACAUUUGUGUCAUACGAGUAGACAUGACAAAGACAGCACCCCUUAAAUUAUUUAUGGCAAUAUUGAUCACAUUCAUUUUAAUUUUGCCAGAAUAUUUCAAGACACCAGAAGGAAACAUGUUGAAGCUAUCGUGUCUGGAAAUGUGUUUACAGCCUAAUCUCACCUAUUUACUCUCCUCCUUAAAUUUUUCUUUCAUGACUCUCCUGCAACCAAUAAGGGAAACUCAGAUUCUUAUGGGAAUCUUUCUAAAUCAUACCAACUUUCAAAACUUCACCAUGGUUUGUGACGGCUUCACAAAUGAAUUUCAAAAGCGCUCCUCAUGUUUGGUUUGUGAGUCCAGAGGAAACAUGGAUUUUACUUCUCUGGAACAAACAUCAAAAGUUCUUAUCAUGAGAAGAUCAGUGGAACUGAAAGCAAAUGAUUUUCUUUCACCUUGUCAACAUUUUAACAUCACUGUAACUCCUAUACUUGACCUGGAGGAAUAUACUGCUACCUGUACACUAAAAACCCAAGCUAGAAAGUCAGCAAUCACUGAGGAAGACCUAACCGAGGAACAGUUUACAAACCAUACUUGUAGAAUUACAGAAGAUCUGAAUAAGUGCAUACAUACUUUUUUGCACCUAGAAAUGGAUGUAAAAAAUUUCACUUGUUCCAUGAAGAUAACUUGGUAUAUUUUAGUCCUAUCUGUUUUUAUACUUUUGAUCAUCCUCAUUAUCUACAAAAUACUUGAAGACCACAGGAGAGUACGAAAGUGGCAGAGACAUAAAUACAAACCGACAUCUGUCCUCUUAAGAGGAAGCGAUUCUGAGAAACUGAUAGCUCUGAACGUGCGGGUUAUUCCAGUAGAGACCACAAAGAGGCGACCCUUGACUCAGGUCGAGGAGGUACUUCCUCCAAUUCCAGAACUAGAAAUUAUUUCCUCAGCACAUCAGCAAGAACAGUGUACACGGACAUACACCCUAGACAACUGAAAUGCUAAUAAGUAGUAGGAUGAUAUUAAAAUAUCCCUACUUGGACUGUAUGGAAAAAAAAGGAAUUCUACUCAAUCAGGGGAAUAAAAGCAAAUAUGAAUAAGGGAUUUCCACUCCUGCAAAGCUACAAGCUUCAUUUGCCCUGAGAAAGCCACUGGGCGAGCUAUCUUGUAAUGAUGCUUAUAGGAACGUAGAAGGAGCUCUGAAACAGGAAUGUUACCUGGAACCCCAACCUGGAAUGAAUGAGUGGAGCUCAUUCCUACAUGGGAUCAAUGAGGAGAGGAAGAGCCCAUGGACAAGACCUCACUUGGCUGCAGGGUCUCCUGUGCAGCCUCCUAGGGAUCAAUACACCAAUUAAUUGACCCAACAUCAGUAAUCUCUGUCUUUCAGAAGCAAUGAUGGUAUUUGCUACCAGCAAGCUACCAAAUUCAGUCCUAGGAUUCUACUGUGUUGAAACCUCUUUAACUUUCUAUUUGAAUACUCCCAAACUUUGUAAUUGUGCCAUCAUAUGCUUAUGAUCAUGCGGCAGAUUGAAUUUUGUACCCCCCAAAAUGUGUUCUUAAUCUUAAUCCAUUCAUGUGGGUUUGAACCCACUACUGAUAGGGCUUUUUGAAGAUGUCAUUUUUAGUUAAGUGUGGCCAACUGAAUCAGGUUGGGUUUUAAUCCAGAUUACUGGAGUCCUUUAUAAGCAGAGUGAAAGACAGAGAGAGAA